UCCCUCGUAGUGUAUUUUUAAGCCCUGCCUCGGUUGCUUCCCUUCCCUGUGCCGCCAUUAAAGUCCGUCCGCUUGGUGUUUGUGGAAAACGGGAAAAUGAUUUAAAAACUCAGAAGAGACAGGCCGAGGGACGGGACCUGGGGAGGGGGGGGAGGGAGGGUUCUUGCUACGCGGUAUGUGUGGACUGUCAACUGCCAAGUAAACGGCGCCCCCAAAAGAAGUAAAUAUGCGGCUAGUUUCGUCCAAGUGAGAGGAGCCUGAGUUCGGAUUGGAGUUGGUUUCUCCGACCGGGGGUGGGGUGGGGGGAGAAACGCCAUUGGUUUUGGCUGCACCGGGCGUGGGGAGGGGGGACCGAGGAGUGUAAACACAGCAAAGCAAAAGGUGAGGGUUACAGCGUUAAGACACCUUGUAGAGUUGAUAAGGGCCUCUCAGACGGUUACGAGCAAAACAUAAUCCCGUAACGUUAGCGAGCCGCAGCCAGCUAGCUUGGCCAUAAAUCCUGGAUGGCAACCGAGCGGUUGUUAUGGAAGUGUGCUGCUUGCUGUGUGAUCUCCUUGAGAGUGGAUCUGCCAAGCUGAGUCCCUCUGAACGGCAGGAAGCCUCCCUUAGCGGCGGUGCGACGAUGACCGAGCUGGUUGCCAAGUGGGCCUGUGAAUACUGCACAUACGAGAACUGGCCGUCAGCCAUCAAGUGCACCAUGUGCCGCGCUCAGAAGCCCAGCGGGGGUGCCAUCAUUACUGAGGAGCCCUUCAAGUGCAGCCCUGCCCUGGAUGCCAGUGUGCAUCAGUGGGGCCCUGCAGACCUCAGCAACAGUCCAUCUCAGGGGGGAUCUAGCUUACUUAUUUGUCCAGACUCCAGCGCCCGACCCCGCAUUCGCAUUGCUGACGUACCUGAGCCUAGUAGUAAGUGGUCGUGCCACAUGUGCACCUAUCUGAACUGGCCUCGAGCUAUCCGGUGUACUCAGUGCCUGUGCCAGAGGCAGCAGGCUCAACAACAACAACACCAACAACAGCAUGGGCAGCAUGCAGCCCAUCAAGGACAUCAUACCCAGCAGCCACGCAGCCCCACAGAAACACCCCAGACCUCAGGCUCUGGAUGUCACCCCUCUCCCCCAACCACCACUACAGACACUUGUGAGGAAUAUAAUGACCGUAACAGGCUCAACACUCAUACACAGCACUGGACCUGCACUGCCUGCACUUAUGAAAAUUGGGCCAAGGCUCUCAAGUGUGUUGUGUGCGAUCACCCCAGACCCAAUAGUCUGCUGGCUGAGCCCAUCGAACUGGCAUCGGAACCUGAGAGUCAACAAUCAUCCUCAAAACUUGACCAGGACAGGGACAACAGGAGGGCUGUUGUUGGCCACAUGGUUAGUCAAGGAGUAGGAGGUGUGGUGGGUGGUGUAGGGAGUUGUAGCAGCAGCCAGAGGAGGUCACCGCCAACGUUAAAGCGGGAGUCAGAGGUGAACAUGGACUUUCAGAGGAUUGAACUGGCAUCAGGCGCUGGGAUUGGGAGCAAAGAAGAUCUUGAGGUGGAUUUCAAAAAACUCAAGCAGAUUAAGAACAGGAUGAGACGGAGUGAUUGGCUGUUCCUCAAUGCUUGUGUUGGUGUUGUAGAAGGUGACCUGGCAGCUGUGGAAGCCUACAAGACAUCGGGAGGUGACAUCGCAAGACAGCUAACGUCCGACGAGGUGCGCCUAUUAAACCGGCCCUCAGCAUUCGAUGAUGGCUUCACGCUGGUUCACCUAGCCAUCCGCUUCCAGAGACAGGACAUGCUGGCAGUGUUGCUCACAGAGGUAUCCCAACAGGCAGCCAAGUGUAUUCCAGCCAUGGUUUGUCCCGAGCUAACAGAGCAGAUCCGUCGUGAGGUAGCCGCCUCUCUUCACCAGCGCAAGGGAGACUUCACCUGCUAUUUCCUCACCGAUCUAGUGACAUUCACCCUGCCUGCAGACAUUGAAGACUUGCCUCCAGCAGUUCAGGAAAAACUGUUUGAUGAGGUGCUGGACCGAGACGUACAAAAAGAACUUGAAGAGGAGUCUCCCAUCAUCAACUGGUCCUUGGAGCUGGGGACUAGGUUAGACAGUCGACUUUAUGCCCUGUGGAACCGCACAGCUGGGGACUGCCUCCUUGACUCUGUGCUGCAGGCUACGUGGGGCAUCUAUGACAAGGACUCAGUACUCCGCAAAACCCUCCAUGACAGUCUGCACGACUGUUCUCACUGGUUUUACACCCGCUGGAAGGAGUGGGAGUCGUGGUAUUCCCAAAGCUUUGGUCUGCACUUUUCCCUCAGAGAGGAACAGUGGCAGGAAGACUGGGCUUUCAUACUGUCCCUUGCCAGCCAGCCAGGAUCCAGCUUGGAACAGACCCACAUUUUCGUUCUUGCACACAUACUUCGUAGGCCUAUCAUCGUCUAUGGAGUAAAGUACUACAAAAGUUUCCGUGGUGAAACACUCGGGUACACCCGUUUUCAAGGUGUGUACCUGCCUCUUUUGUGGGAGCAGAGCUUUUGCUGGAAGAGCCCCAUCGCUCUGGGAUACACGCGGGGCCACUUCUCAGCGCUGGUGGCCAUGGAGAACGAUGGCUUUGACAAUCGCGGCGCAGGCGCCAACCUCAACACGGACGAUGACGUGACAGUGACGUUCCUGCCUCUGGUCGACAGCGAGAGGAAGCUGCUUCACAUUCACUUCCUCUCAGCGCAGGAAAUGGGUAAUGAAGAGCAACAGGAGAAGCUCCUGCGGGAGUGGCUGGACUGCUGCGUGACAGAGGGCGGCGUUUUGGUUGCGCUUCAGAAAAGCUCCCGCCGCCGCAACCACCCGCUCGUCACUCAGAUGGUGGAGAAGUGGCUGGACGGCUACCGCCAGAUCCGCCCCUGCGCCUCGCUGUCCGACGGCGAGGAGGAGGAAGACGACGACGACGAGGAGGAGUGACGAAGCUGAAGUGGAGGGAGGCUAUCUGCUGGGGGGCAGGACUCCUCCCCCAUCCUCUCUCUUUUAGUUUUUCUUUGAGUUGGGGAUUUUUGUUGUUGUUGUUGUUGUUGU